GCGCCCAAUUCAGCAUGAUUUCCAACUGGCGUGAGGCAUUCACAAGGAGUGUCAUUUGGGAGCGUCAGCUUGUAGCUCUGCUGACGUCGAAGGCCAUGUAUCCUGUGUGCUGCCUCGCGGAUCGAUGGCAAGUAUUGGAGAGCCGGAACCAUUGAGCUGUGUGCGUGUCAGACGCAAGCAUUGAUCGCCUCGGCUUGAUCGGCCCUGCCCUGGCGACCUUCCCGAAAUGUAUCAAUUUGACGCCCAUAACUCCCAGAAGGAGCUGCUCGUCGACUUGCUCAAGCCCAAUGGAGCCUUUCCCGCAUCCGUAUUUGUGACGGACAGCGUUUCACCUGGGUAUGGGUCGGCAUUCGUCACGUAUGCGCUCCAAUCGCUCCUCGCUGAACCGGAACAUGCCCACAAGCUGCGUCUCGUGCGUGUAUCACCUGUAUCAUCGCCAACCAUUGCGAUGCUCUCCAGCACCAUCUAUCGACAACUUGGGCAGCCGCCGUCAGGGGCACGUGCCGACGCCGCCAGACUCGUUGCCGGGCUCACAAGUGCGAUACAGAAGGGGACGCGCGUUCAGCCCGGCGUUAAGUUUGUGCUGCUGGUAGAAAAUUCAGAGCGCAUCUUAGACUACUGGUCGCCAGAAUUAUUGGAGGUUCUGCUCCGGCUCGAUGAAUACUGCUCAUGUCGUGGGAGACUGUGUGUGCUCAUGCAGAGCGCGCUUCCUUGGUCCCGCUUUCGCACGCUCUCCGGAAGGUCAACUUCACUCGUACCGUUGACAAUUGAUCUACCGGCUCUUCAAUCCCAUGAUCUUGCGGUGUUCUUUGAGAGACAUAUGCCUGCCACUCUGGAAGGAGCCAACUUGCCUCGCGACGCAGCUACAAGAUAUUUCGCAGGUUAUUGGAAGGUCGCGCACGACACGUUCGCAAGCGAGGUCCGGGACCUCGAGGAGCUUCGCACACUUGUGCUUGCGACAUGGCCUAUCUUUUGUCUGCCUCUGCGACAGAAUCCGGCGCUCGGCUUCGAAGGUCUAUUGGCACAGCGCGGCAUUUUUUCGGACGCGCUGGCGCGCCUUGCCUCUCGCAAGCUCACUCCACAGGCAUGGUUGGAUGCAUUUGAAGAAGGACCUGUUUCAGCAGGCGCUCAUGAUGUGAUUGGCGAUUCUUCAAGGCCCAGGAAGAAAACAAGGCGAUGUGGUGUGACUUCACAACCUUUUGAUGACUCGCAGCCAUCUAAACUCGGCGCCUAUAUUCUCAUCUGUGCCUUUCUCGCAUCGUACAACCCAGUCCGGCUGGACACUCGCUACUUUCAGCAGACUGACGAGGACGUUGUGAAGAGCAAACGAGGGCGCGGCGGAAGGAGAGGCGGCAAGGCGGACGACGAUGCGGGCGAGAGCUUGGAUCGGCCGCAGCUGCAAGGACCAAAGAGCUUUCCCCUGGAGCGCUUGCUUGCGAUAUUCGAGUCGAUCCUCACUUCCGAGGAGCCGGAUGGACUUGUGGAUGAUCGUCUAAAAGGUGACCCUGAACGGUGGCGCGUGCUCGCGCGGAGUGCUGCGGUUAUGACCCAGAUCAACUGCCUGGUGGGAAGCGGGAGGGUAGCACAGACAAGUGGAGCGGGCAGCCUGGACGGCAUGCAGUAUCGCGUGAAUGUCUCGUACGCAUACGUCAGGGCGCUGUCCACAUCACAUGGCUUCGACCUGGGCGAGCGGCUGUGGAAUUGGAAGUAGGCGCAUACAUGCAUGUAGAUGUAGAGCAAGUAGGGCUACAGACUGCCAUUUUAGCGCGUCAGUCAUCAU